AUUGCUUUUAUCUUUCACCCAAAUAACAAGGUAACUUCAUCUUAUACUUAUGGCGGGUAACAAUGAACGUGGUCAUCAUGAAAACUUCAUCGUGGACGAUCCAACAGCUGCAUUAGCAAAUGUCCGCCAUGAAUUCGGCGAGCAUGGCGGCGUUAACAUGUCCAUAGAAGCCUCCAUCACAUUCACUGUCAUGGAAUCAGAGAAUUUACCCCGCAUGUUCACUGGCGAACUUGGCCCUGACAGUAAUUUCUUCAUCUACGGUUGCCACUUCAAUCCCACUGUCCUCAAUUUGAGCCGCCUCAUGGCGGCUCUCGAGGGCACUGAGGCAGCUUACUGUACUUCCUCAGGCAUGUCAGCCAUCUCAUCUGUGAUUCUCCAGCUGUGUAGCUCUGGUGACCAUGUGGUGGCUUCACGUACAUUGUAUGGCGGGACACAUGCUUUGUUCAUGCAUUUUUUGCCUAAGAAAUGUAAUAUAACAACUUCGUUUGUUGAUAUUAGGGAUUUGGAUAUUGUUGAUGAAGCAAUUGUGGAAGGGAGAACGAAGGUGUUGUUCUUUGAGUCAAUUUCUAAUCCAACAUUGAUGGUUUCGAAUAUACCAGAGUUGUGCAGGAUAGCACAUGAUAAAGGGGUGAUUGUGGUGGUGGAUAAUACAUUUGCUCCGAUGGUGAUGUCGCCGGCGAGAUUGGGCGCCGACGUCGUUGUUCAUAGUGUUUCUAAAUAUAUUAGUGGUGGUGCGGAUGUUAUUGCAGGUGCAAUUUGUGGACCAGCAAGUCUGAUUAACUCCAUGAUGGAUCUUCGUCAAGGUGCACUUAUGCUACUAGGUUCAACCAUGAAUGCCAAGAUCGUGUUCGAACUUUCAGAGAGACUUCCACACUUAGGCCUAAGAAUGAAAGAGCAUUGUAAUAGAGCUCUUGUCUUUGCUACUAGAGUGAACAAUCUUGGGCUCAAAGUCAUUUAUCCAGGUUUAGAAACCCAUCCAGACCAGGCACUUCUCAAGUCCUUAGUCAAUAAUAAAGAGUAUGGUUAUGGUGGGAUUUUGUGUGUAGACAUGGAAACUGAAGAAAGGGCUAAUAGUUUAAUGAAUGUUUUGCAAAAUUGUACACAAUUUGGGUUGAUGGCAGUGAGUUUGGGUUAUUAUGAGACACUUAUGUCAUGUUCAGGGAAUAGUACAAGUAGUGAAAUGAACAAUAAAGAGAAGGAGUUGGCUGGGAUUUCACCUGGAUUAGUGAGAAUGUCAAUUGGUUAUUAUGGUACAUUGGAGCAAAAAUGGAACCAAUUUGAGAAAGCAUUGUCACGAAUGCAACAUAUAAAGUGAAUGAACCAGCGGAUGGGUUGCUCUUUCCUUAACCAGAGGUCUCAGGUUCGAGCCCUGGGUAUGGAAAAAUCCUUGGUAGGGAGCGCUCCCCCGAAUAGGGCCCUAUGCGGCGCAAAUCCAAACUAGUCAGACUCCAAUACGGA